UUUACUAUCAUGAUUAAAAUGCUCUCUACUUUAUAUUUUAUUGCAAAUUGCAGUGUUUUAAGUUAACUAAAGUACAAAAAACAAUGUAGUUCUAACGAUUUAAAAUAAUAUUACGUCUUAACAUGUCGGUCAACGGUUCGAAGAACGAAUUUGCAGAUAAAGUAGCACUACUUUGUUUUGAAAAAUUCAACAACUUGCCAUCGAAGGGUAAACCAAUAUUGGGCAAAGAAUGGACAACGUUGUCCGGGAUCGUCCAGUCGGACGACGAAAACCGUUUAAUGGUUGUCAGUUUGGCUACAGGUACCAAGUGCAUCGGAAAGAGUAAACUCUCCAGUCGAGGAACAGUGGUGAACGACAGCCAUGCUGAGGUCUUAGCACGAAGAGGUCUCGUUCAUUAUAUUCUUGGUCAAAUCAAAUUAGCACGUCAUCAUGACGUUGAGACAAUAUUUGAUGUUUCGUCUCCUAACUGUCGUUUGACACUAAAACCUGGCAUUAAAUUUCAUUUCUUCUCCAGUCAGAUGCCGUGUGGUGACGCGUCAAUAUUUCCUAAAAACGAGGAUUGCAGAAAACGUUCAGCCGAUACAGACAUCGGUUCGAAAGUAAAGAAACAAAAGGUCGACGACAUCCAUCGCACCGGCGCCAAAUGUUUGCUCGAGGAAACCAAGCAAGACCUAAACUUACCGGGGCCUGCGUAUCACACUGUUGGAGCCGUCAGGACCAAACCAGGACGAGGAGAUCCUACACUUUCGAUGUCUUGCAGCGACAAGAUAUUGAGGUGGAACCACAUAGGCGUACAAGGAGCCAUGUUAUCGUUGUUAAUCGACCCAGUGUAUUUGUCUACGAUGGUAAUCAGCGGCCAAUGUCCAUACUCUCAUACGGCUUUGCAUAGAGCUGUUGUCGGCAGAUUGAAUACACCUGGGAAGACGUACCCUAGUUUAUUGCGUUCCAGCUUGAAUUUCCAAGACUCGAAACACAGUAACCCUUUGAGCAAGCCGUGUCCUUCGAGCGUCCUCUGGAGAAUAGGCGACGAGUUCAAUAAUGACGGCUACCACGAAGUACUGGUGGACGGCCGUAAGCAAGGCGUAACGAAAAAGACUAUGGACAAACCAAGUAGCGCGUCAGUGGUUUGUAAGAAAUCGUUGUUUGACACUUUUAAAUCGUUCAAUGAAAAAUAUUCCAGUAUGACGUAUCAAGCAGUUAAAUCUGAGGCAACGGCUUAUAAACAACAAUGGGAUGAAAAGACACAACAACUAGGUUGUUGGACUGAAAAGUCAAAAUCGCUAAUUGAAUUUACAUAGGUCAAGACUAGUCACUGUCGACCCUUUUUUUUUUUUUUUUUUAAAUAUUGAACUGUAUAAUAUUAUAAAAGUGAAUACAUAUUGACCAAAGUGUUUUAUUUACUAAAAAUUAUUUACCUAUUACUAAAAAUGAUGUAUAAGGAAAAAACAUCAUUGUUUUUGUUGUUAAAUAAAAAAAGUUUGUUUUCCAAUAAAUUUACCAUUAGAAAUUA